AUCGCCAUGGCUUCCUUACUUUCUCUCCCCAAUUUCCUCUCCUUCCUCUUACCCUCAACCUCAUCACCACCACCCAAAACUCCUCCGUCGCAUGUCUCCCUCACUGCCUCAAAACCCAAAACUUCCUUCUCAAUUUCUGCCCAAGAUGAUGAUUCCUCUUCCUCUCUGUCCCCAGAACUGUCCUCUGUCAUAUGUCCUUCUCUUGCAUAUGCAAACACCCUUUUCUUCAAAUCUGCAUACAAUGUCCAGGUGAUUGUAGAGGAGAAUGAGCCCGAGGAGAGGCUGCUUAUCAGAUUCAGAAGAGAGGUCAUGAAAGCUGGGGUAAUUCAAGAGUGCAAGAGGAGAAGGUUCUAUGAGAACAAGCAAGACAAGCAGAAGAGGAAGUCCCGUGAGGCUGCUAGGCGUAAUCGUCGAAGGCGUCCUCAGUCAAGAAUCUCACAACAGAACAGAGAGGAAGAUUCUGCAACAAAGGAGGAUGAGGAUGCAGAAGAUAACUGGGAACUGCCAGAGGGAGACCUUCCCUAUUAACCUCGUUUUCACAGAUGCCGUUUACUUUGUAGUUUCAUCCAACUCUUCGCUGUUGAUUAUUUGAAGGUUUUUUUUUUUUCUUCUUAUAAGUUGCAUUAAGUGAAUCCCUUUAUUUGAAUUCCAAAUUUGUUAUUUAUAUGAAGCAAUGCAAUGUAUCUUCUUCCUCAGUUGCCCAAAUCAAUGAUCUUUUUUUGG